GGGUGUUGGUCUUCACUUCUUCUUCACUGUGAACCUGAACACAUAUAUAAAACCCCUUCAACACACACACGCGAUCACUUCUCUUCGUUCUGUUCCGCAAAUCUAUGCUCUUCCAUUCAAUUCUCAAUUGAAUUUUCAAUCAAUCGAUCGAGACAUAAACCCUAGCGGGUUUGUGAUGAAGACCCCCAAAAAGCCUCGUGAAGGUCCAGCUCCGUCGCACUUUGCAGCGGCGGAGGAAUCCGGCGAAGGGUUGCCUUACGCGCCGGAGAAUUGGCCGGAAAUGGGAGACAUCUGGGGAUGGAGGACCGGCCGGAGAGUCACCAUGAACGGGACCUUUCACGACAGGUACCUGUACCUGCCGCUGCGGCUGUGCCAGCCGUCGUCGUCGGAGAACUCUGGAGGAGCGUCCACCCGCAAGAGAAAAUCGUUUCCCAGCAAGCUCGCUGUUGAACGAUACAUCAAGGAGAAUUUUCUAGAUGCUGAUGUUAAUGCGUUUUUCGCUUCAUUCACAUGGAAGAUACCUGCUGUACAAACAAACGGUAAUGUAGUGCCUAUAGCUGCUAUCCCUCUUCAACAGAUAGCACAGGUGGAAGAAUCAGACUCCAACGGCGGGACUGUCGGAUUCAUGUGCAAAGGAAGCAAUAAGAUGUGUGAUAGCCUGAAGUUGGAGGGAGUAGAAAAGGAUUCACCAGCCAUGCCUUGUGAUCUCUGCUGUGCUGAACCUCGUUUUUGCCGUGAUUGUUGCUGCCUUCUUUGCAGCAAAACUGUUAGUUCAGAUUAUGGUGGCUAUAGUUAUAUCAAGUGCCAAAUUAAUGUUGGUGGUGGGAUUUGUGGUCAUGUUGCUCACUUGGAAUGUGCACUUCGAUCUCUCUCUGCUGGCAAGGUUGGAAGAAACAUUGGGUUAGACGCAGAGUACCAUUGCUACCGCUGUGAUGGGAAGACUGAUCUCACUUCUCAUGUGUAUAAGCUUCUAAAUACAUGUGAAGAUAUUAAUUUGGAUGAAACAAUUCGGAAGAAGAUUUUAAAUCUUGGUGCUUGUCUCUUGCGUGGUUCACAGAAACCCAUUGCACAGGUGCUUCUGACUCGUAUUGAAAUGGCUAUCCAAAAGCAGUUCGAAUGCAUGACUAACCGUGAAGAUUUCUUGAAGGUGGAUGAUGAUCAUGCAACUCAUUCUGCAGGAAUGGAAAGGAGAGGAAUAAAUAUGAAGAGAAAACGAGGAUUAUUUGACAAUGGUAAUGAUGUGAUCGAAGUAGACAAUGAAAUAGGGACAAUUUCUUACAAUUCUCUACCUAAGGCACUAAAACUUGAGGCUGAGGUCGAUGAGGUUCUUCAGGCUCUUAGAAAGUCCCAAGAGUUGGAAUAUAAGGUAGCAGAAGAAAGAAUCCAAGCACAGAAGACUUAUUUACAAAACUUGUAUCAGCAACUGGAGUGUGAGAAGUCUGAAUUGGCCUGCCAAAAUUCAUCUAGUACAGAUGUCCUUGAAGAAAGAAACCAGCAGAUAAGGAAGGAAGUUGAGAAAUUUGAAGCAAUGAAAAAGGUUGCAAAUGGUUUUGCCAGGACGCCAAAAGAUAUCUUGAAGGAGCACUUUGACUUGGCAAAUGACAGAUUAGAUUACUAAAUCUUCUGUAGAUUUGACAGUUUAAAUUUUCCUAAUCUUAAGCUUUGAACUGUAUUUAUUGAAAAACCAACCUGAAUUUUUCUCUAAACAUAAAUUAUAAAUUAAUAAUCCAGUCACAUUCGACUGAGGAACUAUUACUCUA